CACGUGGUAGUGUAAAGUCUGAGAGAAAAAUUGCUGCAGUUUAAGAUUCUGAAUCCUAGUGGAUAACUCAUGGCUGCCUUUUUAUAUGGAUUAUUAUGUGACCACAUUGACUUUGACUCUGACCUCCAAGGUGCUACGAGUUGUCUAUAAAUUCCAUCCAGAUCCAGCCCUGCAAGUGCAAUUCGAGGCAUUUGACAGACGGCCGUUCAUUACAGCUGCAGCGCACAAGAAUGGCGGGGCUGUAUGAGAAACCGUCGGAGACGUACGCCAAGAAGCGGCCGCGGUACCCCAAGGAGUGGUUCUCCAUGCUCGCCUCCCUCACCGCCGGCCACCACCGCGCCUGGGACGCCGGCUGCGGCAGUGGCCAGGCUUCCGUCAGCAUCGCGGAGCACUACGACGGCGUGGUCGCGACGGACGUGAGCGAGGGCCAGCUCCGCCACGCCAUCGCGCACCCCAAGGUGCGGUACCUGCACACGCCGGAGGACCUCCCGGAGGACGACCUCGUCGCCCUGGUCGGCGGCGAGGGCUCCCUGGACCUGGUCAUCGUGGCGACCGCGAUCCACUGGUUCGACGUCCCGCUCUUCUACGCCGUGGUGAACCGCGUCCUCAGGAAGCCCGGCGGCGUCCUCGCCGUGUGGGGGUACAACUACGACAUCCACCCGUUCGGGGACAAGCUGCACGGGACGCUGUACCCGGCCAUGCGGCCGUACAUGGACCCGAGGACGAGGCUGGCCAUGGAGCGGUACCGCGAGCUGCCGUUCCCGUUCGAGCCCGUCGGGGUGGGCCGCGAGGGCGAGCCGGCCGACGUCGACAUGGAGGCGGAGAUGACGCUGGAGGACCUGGCCGGGUUCGUGAUGACCGGCUCCGUCGCCACCACGGCUAGGGAGAAAGGGGUGGACCUGGAGGCGCUUGUGAAGGGUGUGAUGAAGGAGGUGGAAGAGGGGUGGGGGGAUGAGCCGACGGUGCCCAGGAAGCUUGUGUUCAAGGCCUUCAUGCUGGCUGGGAGGCCCAGGUGAUGAUAAAACUGCUGGGUGGUAAAUUGGGAUCGGUACCGUUUGUUUUCUCAUGAUCAGAAUAAGUACUCCCUUCAUUUUUAUAUAUAAGGCCACAAACUCAUAUUACAGGUACCAAGGUAAAAAUCAAUGCGUGUUUAAGUCAAUUUUGCAAGCUAGUUUGUCACCUUGUUUGUCGUGUAAUUAAUGUGCUUUUUCUCUCUCACGCACAAUAAGCCAACCCUUUUACUCCUCGUUAUUGAUUAAUGUUGGGAAUGCAAGCCAACCUUCUCACUCCCACAUGCAUGAAAGGGAUAUUAAUGUUCUUGGGUGCUAGUACGAGGCAAACAUCAUCAAUUUUACCUCGAUUAAUAUUAGUGACCUUGUAUAGUUGCAAAUUAUAAUUUUGAUAGCGGCCUUGUAUACAAAAAUGGAGGGAGUAAGUAAAAAAUGUGAAGUUGGCUUUCGUUUCAAAAUACUUUAAAAUUCUAGGUUUGUCCUAAGUCAAAUAUAGUUAAGUUUCUUCGAGUGGUUAUUCGGUGGUCCAAAGACCUUGAUAUAUUUUUUAUUGGAAAAUGUUA